GGAUUUGGGAGCGAACUGAUGGUUAAAAAAAAAGGUGGUUCCCCCGCUGCACCGGGCUGACGGCAGAGCUGUACAGGUAUCCAGCAGUAGCGCUGUCGGCUCCCGCUGGUCCACCUAGCGACACUUCCCCGCCUCUCUGCGACUCGACCGGAGCGUCUGGAGGUGCCAGCCUCGGCCAAUCCGCCCCGCAGCACCACCAUAACCCGCUCAGGUCACAUUAGCCGUCGCCCACCGGCAUUUUCCGUCCGGCGUCUCCGAAGAUGAUACCUGGCAAACGAAGAGCUGCAGUCAUGUCCUUCUCGGUGGCGAUACUCGGGGCGCUGAUGCUGCAGUCGGUGUCUUCCCAAUACGAGCCGUCAAUCACUGCCUCUGAACACGCCACGCUUCCUGUGGAAGGUGAUAGUCUCAUGCUGCAGUGCAACCUGACCAGCGCCCACAGUGCCCACCAGGAGAGCUUCUGGAUGAAGAACGGGGAGGAGAUCUCGGAGACACGCAGCACCAACAGGAACACCGAGUACAAGCUACACAGACCAAGAGGAGAUGACGCUGGUGUGUACAUGUGUGUCUACACCUUCGACGUGGCUCCUCCGGCCAACGCCACCAUCGAGGUUAAAUCUGCUCCUGAGAUUAUAGGCCACAAGCGCAGUGAGAAUAAGAACGAGGGCCAGCGUGCUUUACUCUACUGCAAGUCUGUCGGCUAUCCUCACCCUGUCUGGACCUGGCGCAAAUUCGACAAUGGCAAUUUUAGGGAAAUCGACAACUCGACCGGGCGCUUCUUCGUCAGCAGCAGAGACAACUACACCGAGCUCCACAUCGCCAACCUGGACAUCAGCUUGGAUCCAGGCGAGUACCACUGCAACGCCACCAACAUGCUCGGCAGCCGCGACGAGAAGAUCGUGUUGAGGGUCCGCAGCCACUUGGCCCCCCUGUGGCCUCUGCUGGGGGUUUUGGCUGAGAUCAUCAUCCUGGUUGUCAUCAUCGUCAUUUAUGAGAAGCGCAAGAAGCCCGAAGAUUUACAAGACGGUGAGUCACCAGCGAUGGUUCAAUGACUGCCUCAUUAGUCCACUGCUUUUGAUUUAUUUAGGGAGGCAUUGGUUUAAGAUUUUGUACAAAUUCCUGCAUUUUGUACCCAAAAAGCCCUAAUUAGUGUGGAGUUGGGCACCGAAUGUCAAAGGAGGCACAGUUCCUUCACCAGAAACACCAGCAGGGUCACCAGACACUGUGCUGUGCCUGCGUUCAAUAAUUCAGUCUGGGGAGGUCGACCCAAUUGGCGGACACUGUUGCAGGAGGUCGCACCUUGUCAGGACAGUCUCAUGCAUUUAAUAUUAAUGAGAAAUAUGAUGCUGCAGUGUUGCGGAGGUGAAUAAUUUCAAUUAUUAAUGACUUUCUAGGGACCUUGUGGCGUCCCCGAGCUCCUGCAAGCUUAACCAUGAGACCCGUUAUUUAGAGACACAACCUGGGUUUUGCUAUCCUGCGAUUUCCUGAUACUACUGAGUGCUUCAUUUUCCAGAAUCAAGCUUCUAUCAUAAAUCAUGCAUUAAUGGUAUUUGGGCAACCUUUUCCUUUCAAACAGAAUUUUGAUGUCGUCACACGCUGAUUAGAUGCAGCAUGCAGUGAAUGACUGACAGCUCAGAGCCGUCAGUGACUUUCACCGACACUUAGUCACUGUACAGGAAUAUAAUGUCAUUAUGGUUCAUUACUUUGUCAGAAAUGCACUGUUGCAGAAUCCGAGGGUGUUUAAAGUCACCUUGAGAAUCUUCUUAGUAUUUCAGAUGCAAUUUAAAUGACUGUAGAUUGUGUGACUCACACAGCAAAUGCUUGCGUGCAUUGUUAAUAAUUCAUAUUAUAUAUAUAUAUAUAUAUAUAUAUAUAUGCGUUUCUAUGAAAUGGGUUAGCUUUGGUUAUUUAAUAUUUUAACAGCUUGUUGUAAUAUCUCCCAUCCUCCCCUUUUUCCAAAUUGCAUAACCCAAACCAUGUUUGUGGUAAGUGGUAAGACUUUGCAUGUCUCGUGAAUUUCAAUAAGCAUUCAGCUUCAUCUCCUUCCAGUUCACAGCUCAGUAAACAGUUCUGUUUAAGCUUCCCUCUAUGUUCAACAUGUGCAAGUGCAGUCCAGAAUGUUUUUUUAAUGGUUUUCUUUUACAAAACAAUAACUCCACGUAACUGCAUCACAUUAAUAGUUACAGCGGCAGUGAUUGGCAUGCAAGUCACUGUGAAGACUUAAAAAUGUUGUGUUAAUCAGUCUUUCCUCACUGUUACUGUUACACACUGCUUCACUGAAUUGUUUCCCACAGUUGAGAGCUAAUUACGAUGCUUCUCAGUAAUUUCUUUAAGUGGACAGAUGUUCUUUGUGAGCGCUGCUUGUCUGUGCAUGACAACAGUAUUUUUUAGAUUUCAAUUUUGCCUGUAAGUGUUCUCACUUGUUCAUGCCUUUUUAAUGUGAUGUUAAACUGCAUCCCGUGUGUUUGUGAGUUAUCUCAUGAGGUGGUUUUCCUUCGGCAUGGCAGCCUAUUCACUAUUACCUCAUCCAGGCUGCGUUUUCAUUCCAUUACAGUCUGCACAUAUAAUACAGAUGAACCAUAGAAACCCUCAUGGCCAAGUGUACCAUGUGUUAGUCACAGCUACACCUAAACACUUGUCACUUCAUCAACGUGUGCAACUUCCUUGCGAUUGUUUUAUUUUUUGGUCUUCAUUUCUCCAUAUUUUCCCUUGCUGCCUCAGAUGAUGACCUAGCUGGACCAAUGAAAACUAAUUCAACCAACAACCACAAAGACAAGAAUCUGCGCCAGAGGAAUACAAACUGAGCAGCCUGUCUGCUGAGUCUCACUACACAUGUAUUGACCAUAUGAAGGUAAAAAGGAAGGGACUUCAUACCAGUUGUUAACAUGAUGUAUCUGCCAUUAAAAGUAUGGUUGUGGAGGAAUUAGAUGAGGCAUGCCUUAUGAUUUUAUUGGUGAGGGUGUGAGGUCAGGAGGUACUCGAAUCAUUAUGGAAUUGUUAACAUUAUAUCCAUUGUUGCUGCAUGCAGUUGUUGACGUUUCUGAUUUUUUUCCCCUCUUAUCCACUAAUUUAACAUUUUUACUACUUCUGAAGUAAUGCAUGCAAGAUGUUGACCUUCUGUUUGACACAGAAAUGGCUUUUUUUUUGUUCUUUUCUGAGAGUGGCUUCAUGUAGAUAAAUCUGUACUGUGUGUUCUAGAGGAAAAACAAAACUCGGCAAUGUAAAAGAAAAUAUCACCAUAAUCUGGUAUGACAGGUGUGUACAGUUUCAUCAUUCCGCUGCAUACCAUUUAUUCAUUUUAUCAGAUUAUAUCUAUUACAUUUUAAGGGCUUUGCAAUGUCCCUCUAAAUUUGAUUAAGAUUUACUUUACUGUAUGUACUGUAUGUAUUAAAUCACUAUAACUAUGUAUCAGAUCACCAUUAAUAUAAAGACUAUUCAUAUUAUAUGAUGCACUUAAAUGUUGACAAUAAUGAAAAACUGUAUAAACCUACUUUAGGAAAUCUGUACUAAUCAUUCUAACAUAUUUUAUAAUUAUGUGUAUUGUACAGCAUGGCUAUUAUCCUAUGCAAUUAUUAUCCAUAUCAAUAUAUUGAAAAGUCAUUGCAGCUUUUGAUUUCUCUGUGACAAAGCUUUAAACUAGUAGGAUCACCGUAGAGCGUUGAUGGCAUACCACACAGCUGCAUGAAUUCUCUACUGCUACGUGGGAGGCGGUUGAAAGAAAAGCCCACGUCAGAGCUGACACAUGUGAAGCAAUUCCAAGAUCUCGAGUCAUUUUUAAGAAUAAAUAUCUCAAAAAAGAAAA